GCAUAGAGCAGACGAAGCCAAGAGCUUUUGUAGUUGUGCACCUUAUUGACUCUACGGAAUCAGCAGCUGACAAAAAAACAGAAUGAACAUCUUUCAUCUUUUCGCUUGUGGACUAUUGAUGACCCUGCUUUCAGUCAGCACAGAGGCCAAGCCUUUAACGCCGGCACAACAGAAGUCUCUCCGAUCAUUGCUGGGAGAGGAGCUGACGGAAUUCCUUGCGUCUGGCGAGCGGGAGCGCAGAUUGGAGAAUUUACGCACCAGAGUCCGGCUACUUAGGGACCUCCGUCUGGACACCCGCGCGAAAGGCAUGUGGGCGCGCAUGAACGAGCAGGCUGGCACACGGAAGCACAAAACGGGGACCAAGAAGGGGGGAUCCACGUCGAAAAGCGGGUGCUUUGGACACAAGAUAGACAAGAUAGGAACCAUCAGCGGCAUGGGAUGCUAGGAGCAAAACACCGGAAUUCGUUGAAUUCCCAGAAGACGAUAGGUUUGGACAACUUGUUGUCAGUUGGGCCUCACCUGAGGCAGAACCUUAAGAGAAGAAGCGUUUCUUUGGUACGAAAACACCACCCUGACCAGCACAAAUGAGGACUACGACCAACAACGUUUAAAAACAAACCAACCUAUGUAUAACAUAAAGAACACUACAUGAACAGCGGACAUUGGUGUAAAAACUAAAAACCCGCAAAGCUGUAUAUUGUCGCUGCUGCUGUACAGUCCUGUACUUUAUUCCUGCAUAAAUGUAUUUAUGUUUAAAAAAAACUAUUUAUAUGUUUAUAAAAAGAGAAUAUUUAUAAAUAUGAGUUUUAUUUAUGUAACAUUUUGAAAAUGCAACUGCAGGUCAAUUCUGUUUGUAACUUUUUUUUGUUUUAAAUAGUUGUAAAUGUUUUAAAAAAAAUGAUUAAAAACAUUCC